ACAAUCCACUGCGAGGCAUCGCUGAUGGGUGCCAUAGUGCAGUACAAUGGCCAAGCUAAUAACAUUCAAAAUACCCAACUUCCGGAGAUAUUUCUUGUAAGUUGUCAGUGUCCUACAUCUUUGGUGGUGGCAUGCUGCUAACCUUUCUUUUGAAGAGCACUUCCAAUAAGUCGAGGACAAUUGGAGUGGCUAAAAAAUGUUGCUGGUGCUGCAACAUGCUGGCAACCCUCCUGAACUCAACAGAUAUCCAGUUCAGCCUCCCAGGCUCACAUGGUCGAAUAUUCCCAUGGGCCCUUCCCAGUAUGGGAAUAUCUUAUGAAGUUGCUUGCUCCCUUGAGGAUAAGCUUAAAAAACAACUGUCAGUGGCAAUUUGGAAGAUGCUGGAUGAACUAAAGCAUAUGUCUGAAAGCCAGACAAGCAGCCCUGUAUCAGAUGGCAGUAGUGAUGAGCUUGAGCUUGAGCUUGAGGGUGAUUAUUGGAAUGAAGGGAUGGAUGGUCUGGAACAUGACCUUCGUUCAAGGAACAGGAUUGUUCUUUGA